AUGGGUUCUUGCUUCUCAUCGGAGGGCGGCGGCGGCAGUAGGAGGGAGGUGCGCGCGAUGACGUCGCAGAUCCCGCGAGCCGAGCAGGCCGAGUCGACCGAGGCGGUCAUCCGAGAGAUGUCAAUGGUCACGGUGGAUGCCUCUCAUGCUGGGUUCAUCACAAACCUGGAUCUAGAGUGCUGCAUUGAUGGAAAGGCUUUCAGAUAUGCGGAUCUGUAUGUGACAACAGGUGGAUUCAGUGUAGACCGCCUCCUGGGACAUGGUGGGUUCGGCCAAGUGUAUAAGGGCUUUCAUAAUGGCACCAAUGAGGAGGUGGCUAUAAAGAGGCUUGAUCUCCAGGGACAGCAAGGUGACAGGGAAUUCAUUACUGAAGCUGUGAUGCUGAGCAGCCUGCACCACCCAAAUCUUGUAAAGCUUGUUGGCUAUUGUGCUGAUCUUGGACAGAGGAUUUUAGUUUACGAGUAUAUGCCUUUGGGUUCCCUAUACAGUCAUAUCCAUGAUCUUCCCCCCGGUCGGCAGCCUCUUGACUGGAGUACAAGAAUUCAGAUACUUCUUGGUGCUGCUAAAGGUCUUGAGUAUUUGCAUAACAAGGUUAAACCUCCUAUCAUUAAUCGUGAUGUGAAAUGCGCAAACAUUUUGCUUGGAGAGGGGUAUCACCCAAAACUGUCUGACUUCGGCUUAGCAAAGCUAGGUCCAACCGGUGAUAAUACCCAUGUUUCAACUAGAGUUAUGGGUACACCUGGAUAUUGUGCACCAGAGUAUUUGAUGACUGGUAAAUUGACUGUAAGCACAGAUAUUUAUAGCUUUGGUGUUGUUAUGUUGGAGGUUCUCACUGGAAGAAUUGCUAGAGAUGAAAGUCUCCCUGAAUCUGAGCGAAACCUUGCUUCAUGGGCUGUCAAUCCUACCCUCAGACCGGACAUCACCAAUCUGGUAGACCCGGCGCUGCAGGGUCAGUGCUCCGCGAGUCGUUUGUACCAUGCAUUUCUUCUUGCUGCACGAUGUGUCAGUGAAUUACCCGCUAUGAGGCCAGCCAUUACAGAAGUGGUCAGGACUCUCGACAAGAUCUCGAAGCCAGCUACUAAGAAGAGGCAGUUGGAGCGUGGGGGACCCAGCACAACAGCUAGAACUAGCUCUGGUGGGAACCAAGCCCAGGUCAAGGAUCAGGGGCAAGGAAGCUGAGGAGUCCAGUGCAAAGCAAAACAAUGGUGCUCUUCUGUUAGGAGCAGCAUUACUGCUGGCUGUUUGGGAGCAAGAACAGGUCGUGGUGCCUGUUCAGAUGAUAUGGUUGAAUCGCAUGGGUGUGCAUGUUGAAGAAUUUUGUUAAUGUAGGUCAUAGCUACCCGGUGUUACCCUUGUUGUGUUUGUUGUAUCUGAGGCUUAUCAGGCGUCGUUUUCGCCCAGAUGCUUUUGCAUGAUGAUGGGGACUAUGUACAGACCAGUGGGGAUGGCUUGUUUCCCUUGCUUUAGCUGUUGAUGUCGUACAUUGUGUUCUGCA